CCCGUCGGCCGACUGACCCGUCUAUCAUGGCGGCCGCGGCCACCUCUCCCGCGCUGAAGCGGCUGGACCUGCGCGACCCCGCGGCGCUCUUCGAGACACAUGGGGCGGAGGAGAUCCGCGGGCUGGAGCGCCAGGUUCGGGCCGAGAUCGAGCACAAGAAAGAGGAGCUGCGGCAAAUGGUGGGAGAGCGGUACCGCGACCUGAUCGAGGCGGCCGACACCAUCGGCCAGAUGCGCCGCUGCGCCGAGGGACUCGUGGACGCCGUGAAGUCCACCGACCAGUACUGCGCCCGUCUCCGCGAAGCCGGCUCGGCCGCCCCCCUGCCGCCACGGGACCCGCAGCCCCAGCAGCCAUCCCAGGAGAAGUUCUACAGCAUGGCUGCCCAGAUCAAGCUACUCUUGGAAAUUCCUGAGAAGAUCUGGAGCUCCAUGGAGGCCUCUCAGUACCUCCAUGCCACACAGCUGUACCUGCUCUGCUGCCACCUCCACAGCCUGCUCCAGCUGGAUUCUUCUGGCUCCCGAUACAGCCCCGUCCUCUUGCGAUUCCCGAUACUCAUCCGGCAGGUCGCAGCAGCCAGCCACUUCCGGUCAACUAUUCUGCACGAAAGCAAGCUGCUGCUCAAAUGCCAAGCCGUGUCUGACCAGGCUGUAGCCGAGGCCCUGUGCUCGAUAAUGCUCUUAGAAGAGAGUUCUCCUCGCCAGGCCCUAGCAGACUUCCUGUUGGCCAGAAAGGCAGCUAUUCAGAAACUCCUCAACCAGCCGCACCACAGUACUGGCAUCAAGACUCAGGUCUGCUCGUUAGUGGAGCUGCUGGCCACCACUUUGAACCAGGCUCAUGCUCUUUUCUACACUUUACCAGAAGGCCAGCUGCCAGAUCCGUCCCUGCCAUGCGGCUUGCUCUUCUCAACUUUAGAGACCAUCACGGGCCAGCAUCCGACCGGGAAGGGCGCCGGUGUUCUGCAAGAGGAGGUGAAACUGUGCAGCUGGUCCAGACACCUGCCGGCAUCCGUCGUCCAGUUCCAGCCGGCUCUCCGAACCUUGGCACAGCCCAUCAGCCAGGAGUACCUGAAAGACACGCUGCGGAAAUGGAUCCACAUGUGUAAUGAAGACAUUAAAAAUGGGAUCACCAACCUGCUUUUUUACGUGAAGAGCAUAAGAGGGCUCGCAGGGAUCCGGGAUGCCAUGUGGGAAUUACUUACCAACGAGUCCACCAACCACAGCUGGGACGUGAUAUGUCAGCGGCUUCUGGAGAAGCCACUCCUGUUCUGGGAGGAUUUGAUGCGGCAGCUGUUCCUUGACCGGUUACAGACCCUGACAAGAGAAGGCUUUGACUCCAUCUCUACCGGCUGCAAGGAGCUCCUCAUUUCCGCCCUGCAGGAGCUCGAGAGCAGCACCAGCAGCUCCACUCCGAGUAAGCACAUCCACUUGGAGCAUAACAUGUCUCUCUUCCUCUGGUCCGAGAGUCCCCAGGACUUGCCUCCCGAUGCUGCCUGGGUCAGCGUGGCGCACCGGGGGCCGCGUGCCGGCAGCGGGCUCUCCAUGAAGGCGCAGGCGGUUAGCCCCUGCGUCCAGGACUUCUGCUCUGCCCUGGAUGCUAAACUGCAGGUUCAGCUGGACGACCUCCUGGCCUACCUUCCCUCUGCGGACUCGUCACUGCCCAAGGACGUCUCCCCCGUGCAAGCCAAGAGCUGUGCCUUUGACAGGUACGCGGAUGCCAGCACCGUGCUGGAGCUGCUGCAGGCUCAGUCCGUGGCGUGCAUCGAGCGCAUCACGGCCUGCAUCCGGGCAGAGCUGCACGGCUCGGAGCAGGUGGUGCAGGGGCAGCGGGAUGCCCUCGACAGUGUCCAGUUGCACGCGGUCCUUUUCAUGGCCAGACUCUGCCAGUCGCUGGGAGAGCUGUGUCCCCAUCUGAAGCAGUGCGUCUUGGGAAAGUCCAGGAACUCUGAGAAACCAGCAAGGGACCCUAAGGCUCUGAAAAAGCAGGGAAAGGGGACCACUCGGGAAGUACUUCCUUCGCAGGCCAAGUGGCAGGAAGUCAAGGAGCUCCUCCUGCGGCAGAGCGUGAUGGGUUACCGCGUGUGGAGCUCAGCGGUUGUGAAGGUUUUGGCUCACGGAUUCACCCAGUCGUUACUUCUAGACGAUGCCGGCUCCAUCCUGGCCACAGCCACCAGCUGGGAUGAACUAGAAAUCCAGGAGGAAGCGGAGUCUGGCAGCUGCAUCAUGUCCACAAUCCGACUCCCUACACAGCCAUCCUGGUAUGUCCAGUCCUUCCUGUUUAGCCUCUGCCAGGAAAUUAACCGGGUUGGAGGCCACGCUUUGCCAAAAGUGACCCUGCAGGAGAUGCUGAAAAGCUGUAUGGUCCAGGUGGUGGCUGCCUAUGAGAAACUUUCAGAAGAAAAACAGGUGAAGAAAGAAGGUGCGUUCCCCAUGACCCAGAAUCGGGCCCUGCAGCUGCUUUAUGAUCUGCGCUAUCUCAGCAUCAUUCUGACAGCCAGGGGUGAGGAGGUGAAGAGUGGCCGCAGCAAGCAGGACUCCAGAAUUGAGAAAGUGGCCGACUCCCUGGAAACACUCAUUGACCCGUUUGACCUGGAUGUCUUCACACCACACCUCAACAGCAACCUCACGCGGCUGGCGCAGCGAACCUCUGUUCUGUUUGGAUUGGUCACUGGUACAGAGAAUCAGUUCACGCCCAGGAGCAACACGUUCAACUCCCAAGAACCCCAUAACAUACUGCCUCUGGCAUCGAGUCAGAUCAGGUUCGGACUUCUUCCACUGAGCAUGACAAGUACCCGAAAGGCCAAAUCAACCAGCAGAAGCAUCGAAACAAAAACCCAGGUUAGUGCACAGAGUGAGGGGUUCACCCCUGUUGAUCCUGUCCCUACCUCCCACCAAACCACCCAAUUAGCUCCCCAUUAAAUAACCGAUAAAGAACCGAAUGACAAAAUGCACUAAUGCUGCUUUUAAUGGCGGCGCAAUAGAGAAGUACAAGGUUUCACUAGCUCGAGCUGAUAGAAGUUUUAAAAGAUGCCCAUUUACACUGUCAAGUAGCCUCAUAAUAGGAACGUUCUCUCAGACUGCCAAGGCUGUAAAAAAGAGGCAGGACAGGAUGGAGAUUAUUUCUUGUAGGGUGAGAGAGUUAACUGCUAACCCAGCGUGAUGACUGUACUUGUUUGGGGGAAGAAACCAUUCUGUUCUGGUGGUGGUUUCCUCUUCCAUUUCUUUCAGUUGGGUGGGAAAUUAAAGGGAAUUUGCUCUGAGUUUGACAUUUUCUUGUUAAUGCGCGUUUUGUUUCAGUUGACUGCCAUCCAUUAAGCCCGCAAGAGUCCUCCUGGGUAUUUCUGAGUUGUGUUGUGUACACGCGUUUGAGCCCAAACAGCUUGUCUUCUUUCAGCAUUUAGUUGUGUUUGCUUUCUUGUGAGACAAAAUAUUAGCAACGUAUCCUUUCCAUCUUCCCCGCCAUCAAACCCAUUAAGACCCAGAUUCUCAUCAAACAUCUGGUUGUCAAAUGUGGGAGAUGGUAGUGAAGAGAACGAGUUCCUGCACAGACCAUCCCCUCCACGAGCAUGGGCCUGUGCCAGAACUUCCCCCCCGAACUCGGAAUGUCUCUUCAAGUAACUGACCGUAAGUCCUGUCCGUAGGAGAGGAACCGACCAGGGAAAGGAGGUACAUAUGUUUACCCUUUUCCCAGGAGAGUUCUCACCUGGAAGCGUUAGUUGUGUCACAUAAUAGAAUCGCAUUUUGUCCCCGAAGGCCUUUGCCAAUCUUGACAAAGAGCAAAGGCCCCUUCCUAGAGCUCUCCGUGCUUCUCAGAUCUGCUCGUGUGUGCUGUGUGGACUCCGAGUGCAGUGGCGGGGGGUGAACAGGCAGGAGGGUCUGCGUAGACUCUAAGGCACUUUCCUCUACAUGCGUGGCAGGUUGGCCCCCCCGGCACUCUCCCGAGCAGGUGACCCGACGCACCCUGGCUCCUUGUUCAGACAGCUGGUCAGUGAGGAAGAAGACGCGUCUACGCCUUCGUUAUUCAAGCUAGGUUGGCUCUCUAGUAUGACUAAAUAACAUGGGAACAAAGCCAUCCCUCUCUAAAUAAAUACUACAUCACUUCUUCUAA